GAGUUACGUCACGCGAAAGGGCGGGGCGAGAUUCUGCGGCGGCGCAGGCGGCAGAGCGGUGUGUACGGUUGAAGAUGUCUUCAAGGAUUUGAUCGGAGCGUGGACCAUUUUGGAUUGAGCCAUCGAGUGAUCAUGCUGUCGCCGCUGAAAUCUGACUGAGAAGUUGCCCUAAGGCUGCCCUUGGAGAUGUGCACUUCUUCAUUGCUACUUCUCAAGCUUGAACACACACCUUAGCAAGAUGUCCGUGAGAGAGCGACAGCGACCGUGGUCUGUGUACAGAGCUUCUACGCUGGACAUCUCCUCUGAGAUGCUUGGUCUGGCCCUGGCAGGAAACAGCCAGGACCCAGACGAGCCUGUGUUGGAAUUCAGCCUUGCCUGCACCGAGCUUACUACACCGUGUUUGGACCGAAAACCCAACAGCUUUGUAGCUGUGAGCUGUACAACUUCACCUCAAGCCUUUUGGACCAAGCAUGCUCAAACAGAGAUCAUUGAGGGCACAACGAACCCCAUCUUUUUAAGCAGUGUGGCCUUCUUCCAGGAUUCCUUCAUCAAUCAGCAGACGCAGAUUAAACUCUCCGUGUAUGACGUGAAGGAUCGCUCGCAGGGCACGAUGUAUUUAUUAGGCUCUGCGAUGUUCACAGUAAAAGAAUUGCUGCAGGACAAGAACUACACACUCCACCUGCCACUUAGUUCAGCAGAGAACAGGUGUGUGGGGAAUAUCACCAUUACCGCCUGGCAGCUGGAUGAAAAGAGGGAGCAGCGGGCACAAUUCACCAAUCUACCAGACACCAUCAAUGGCAAGACGGUCCUUUCUGUCGAUGAGAGUCUGACAGAAUCAAUAGGAAUUCGAGCCAAAUAUGCCUCUUUGAGUAAAGACACGCUCCUGCGAACAGUAUUUGGGGGAACCAUGUCUCGAAUGUACCGCUUACCCACCACUGACGGGAAUCACUUGCGUAUCCUGGAGCAGAUGGCAGAGAGCGUGCUGUCUCUCAAUGUCCCACGGCAGUUUGUUAAACUACUGCUGGAAGAGGACUCAGCCAGAGUAUGUGAGCUGGAAGAGUUGGGGGAAUUAUCUCCGUGUUGGGAGACUCUCCGGCGGCAGAUCGUAACGCAGUACCAGAGCGUCAUUCUCACCUACCAGGAGACACUGAAACACCAGCAGGAAUACAAAGGCCCCUCAUUCAAAGCAAGCAACCUCAAAGCUGACAGGAAGUUGGAGUUCAUGUCUACGAACCUCCAUGUGCAGAGGAUGCGAGUGCAGGAUGACUCUGGGUUUGAUCACACAUACGAUGUGGUGACAAUUGGCGCUCCAGCAGCUCACUGUCAGGGCUUUAAGAACAGCGGCCUGCGUAAACUCAUCCAGAAAUUCGAGGAGGCCAAGAAACACAUUUAUGAGGAGGAAUGCAGUUCUCUGAGCAGCUCCCAGUCGAUCAUGUACAUCCCUCAGGACAUCGUCCGCGCCAAAGAGAUCAUCUCGCACAUCAACACUCUAAAGACUCAGGUCAGCUACUAUGCCGAGCGUCUCUCCCGCGCCGCCAAGGAGCGCUCCGCCAACGGCCUGGAGAGAACUCUGACAAUAUUGGCAGACAAGACACGGCAACUUGUGACAGUAUGUGACUGUAAGCUACUGGCAUCAGCAGUGCAGGCCCUAAAUGCUGCCAGGCCAGAGUACAUCGCCUCGAAGAACUCGCCAUCAGCUGACUUGGAACAUGUGGUGCUACGCAACGACCAGGACACAUUGCUAGCCAAGUGGAGCAACAACCGUUCAUCCCUACAUGCUGACUGGCAUGAAGAGGAAUGGGAGAAAGUGUGGGUGAAUGUGGAUAAGAGUCUGGAGUGCAUCAUCCAGCGGGUGGAUAAGCUCUUGCAGAGAGAGCGAUUACGCAGCAGUAGCAGCAGCGAGGACAUGUUCCAGGCUGACCAACAGAGCGCCGUUCCUAAGAAAGGUAACGAGAAGUGCCACGCGUUCUGGAUCAACCCAGCCUCCACAAAUGAGUGUCAGUCAGCCGGUUCACCGGAGAAGCCUUCUUCAUCAUCACCACCUUCAUCUUCACCCUCAUCAUCUCUGCAUGCUCUGAAUCCUGCAUGCCCCCUUAAUACAGAAACUCAUGCCUAUGGCAGUAGCACCAGAGAGGAGAGUUACCCAGGUGAGUGGAGUGAGGCACUGUAUCCCCUGCUAACGACACUAACAGAGUGCGUGGCAAUGAUGAGCGACAAGGCCAAAAAGUCAAUGGUGUUCCUGCUAAUGCAAGACCGAGCACCGACCAUCGCCAUGGACCUCAGCGUGCAGUACCGGCGAGACGUCGUCUUCUGCCAGACGCUUACUGCUCUUAUUUGUGGCUUUAUAAUAAAACUGAGAAACUGUCUACGUGACGACGGCUUCCUGAGACAGCUAUACACCAUAGGACUGCUCGCUCAGUUUGAAAGUCUGCUGAGUACCUAUGGAGAGGAACUAGCCAUGCUGGAGGACAUGAGUGUGGGCAUCAUGGACUUAAGGAACGUAACGUUUAAGGUGACACAGGCCAUGUCAACAGCCUCUCCGGACAUGCUGCCCGUUAUCACAGGGAACCGCGACGGCUUUAACGUGCGAAUUCCACUCCCGGGAACCAUGUUCGAUGCUCUUCCACGGGAGAUUCAGAACGGCAUGCUGCUGCGCGUGCAGCCCGUUCACUUUAACGUCGGCAUCAACGAGCAGCAAACGCUAGCUGAGAAGUUUGGGGACACGUCCUUGCAGGAGAUUGUUAAUUCUGAGAGCCUGGGGCGUCUGAAUUCUUACUAUGAGCAGUUCAAGGAGGUGUUACCAGAUGACUGCCUCCCUCGUUCCCGAAGUCAGACGUGUCUUCCCGAACUAUUGCGCUUCCUUGGUCAGAAUGUCCAUGCCAGGAAAAACAAGAAUGUUGACAUCCUUUGGCAGGCCGCAGAGAUUUGCAGACGGCUAAACGGCGUCCGUUUUACAAGCUGUAAGAGCGCGAAGGACCGCACAGCCAUGUCUGUGACGCUGGAGCAGUGUCUGAUUCUCCAGCAUGAACAUGGCAUGGCACCACAGGUCUUCACUCAGGCCCUCGACUGCAUGCGGAGUGAGGGUUGCCGGCGUGAAAACACAGUGAAGAACGUGGGAUGCCGCAAGUACGCGUUCAACUCUCUCCAGCUCAAGGCUUUCCCUAAGCAUUACCGCCCUCCUGAGGGGACAUUUGGAAAAGUGGAGACAUGAACACCAAUCCCGGGCUUGUGCCAAAAACAAAAAACAAACAGAAUGAGCGCGAUUAAUCCGCAGUGGAUGAGUACAUCAUAGACAAAUCACUGUGUAGCUGAUAUGUAAAGUAUGCUGUAGUCAAUUUAGAUGUCACACUGAUGGUUUGUGGGCAUCACUCAUAGCGAGGCACAUGGUUCAGAUCCCACCUUUUUUUGGAUUAUAGCAUUGCCAAAAUCAGUGGUUAGCCGUGUAGUGUCUUUCCAUAUGUAAAUAUGAAUAAUAUUAAGUACUUCGUACAAAAUUUAGAGCUUUAGCGACCCAGAAAGAAAUUUGUGCAUGUAUUUGGGAGCCUGGGAAAACCCUUCACAUAGUGACUUUUUUGUAAGUAUUUAAAGUUUGGACAACUACAAUCUUUCCUGAUUUGUCAACUAUAAAAAAAAAAAGAAGAAAAGAUUGUUCUCUGCCAUCACGACAGUGUCUUUUAGAUUGGCUAAAGCUUCUUUCCUAACAGAGACGCUUCAUUCUCAGUGCGAGGUGCUGAAAAUAUAUAGUCCAGCAUCUUGAAAAAGUCACGUGUAACUUUAAAUAUGGAGUAACUUGAGGCCCCGAAAGCCGGGAGUGAGGACCGCAGAACACACGUGAUAUCUUUUCUGAUUUCUUCCCAUAAAGCAAAAUUUGAGUUUGGUUCGCAUCAACACCCGCUCAUGAAAAACUACUAUUGGAGAAUUCAUAGUGAAGUGACUGACGAGCUGCUAAAUCUAUACCUUAUUUUGGUUUGUAACCAGACAUCUUGCCAUUCUCAGUGUGGGGAAAGCUUUUUAGCAAUGAAAACAACCUAAGGCAGUCAUGUUCAUUAAACUUGCUCUUUAUCUAGCUCUCAUGAUCUCUGCAGGCAGAAACCACAUAGUUUUGAUUUAAAGUAUUCGUUUUCUUAAACCAAAGGUAACACAGCAUGUUAUAAGAUUUUAAAAGAAGGGUUUUUUUGUUUUGUUUUUUAUAAUUGUGGGCUAUAAUUUUGUCACAUCACUAUCUGAUGGGCUUUCCCAGACCUCCACGUGUUAUACAUUUCUAUUACAAACAAAUAUUAGCUCGUUAUGAAAUCUAUAUACACUGUUUAAAAGUUCAUAUCUAUUCACACACGAUUUACUUCAAUUCGUACCUCAGUAACUUUGUUUGAAUAAAGUUCUUGAUAAUGGACUGAACUCCGUUACAAGCUGUGUUACAAUUAGUCACAUUGAAUAGACCUUUACUUACUUGUAGUGCGCUUUCUCAAAAUCUAAAUCAAACACACACUUUCUACUUCCUGUUUUGCUAAACUUGGCCAUUGCUAAAUGUGCAAACAAACACAUGCAUACUCCAGUGCUGUUUUUUACUUUAAUUCAAGUUCCUGGGCAUAAGAAUUUGAAUGAAAAACAACUAGACAGAAAAAGAGCAAGAUUGAAAAACCCUCCUGUGCCACCAUUUCUUACUUUGACUGCAGUGACGUGUUCGGGUGAAAUCGCUAAAAACAUGGACAUUCGUUAUGUGUGUCUAAAAGGUUGAAUUAUGAUAAUGAUUGAAAUGAAGUCAAAUUCAACACUGCGUUCACAAAAACAUUCAACUGUUAAAUGCAGCCAACAUUGAAUACCACAAUACUGACCUCUUUUUAUGUUUAGCUGCAAGACUUCAAAGAAGAAGCGAUCAUACUAAGCAACUUUAUCGAUUUCUUCUAUUCUUGCUCAUUUCAUAAAAAAUGAUUUAUUAUUAGGGGUGUUAAAAGAUUCAGAUUUUGCCAUUUUGGACAAUAAUUUUGCCCAGAAGUGAUUUCAACUAUAUAAAAAAAAUAGCAUAAAGUACAUAAUUGGACCUUAAGGACCCCUAAUACCCAAGGUUUUUAUAAAAUACACCCCAUACAAUCUUUAAGUACCAGGUUAAAAUGUAUAUGGGUUCAUAAUUUAUAAUAUAUAUAUAUAUAAUAAAGACACAAAAAGUUUAAUUUGAAUUCAUUGAGUCAGGGAGAUUCAGUGGCCUCUUCUGUGUAAUCACUGAUCAUUACAUCCACACAUAUAAUACAUUUGUCUUAUGCAUACAAUAAAUGUCUUUUAUUUAUAGCUAGGUUUAGGAAGUGUGCUCAUUUGAAAUCAUUCAUAUUUAUGAGGUGCAUUAUGUUGUUUUAAGAAGUAAGAAAUUAACUUGCAAGAAUGAUCCUUGUCUCCAGACCUCAGAAAUGCAUUCAUUUCAUCAUAUUUUGAAAAUAUCAUAGUCAUUAUAUGUAGCGCUGCUGCAACUAUAUCCAUAAUCCAUGCAGUGUAUUCAGAUAUCAUAUCAUAAAGUGUCUCAUUCACAUCUGCAAAAGCCUUUAUAAAGAGCGCAAGUCUUUUUGUCUGGUACCACGUUACCGUAUCAACCUCAGCUGGCAGCCGUCAGCCUGACUGUGAAAUGCAAGUUCAGCAUUGCCGCAUUCCUUAUUUUCUUCAUUUUACUUGACACAUAUUUUUUUAUUUAUACUUUUUGUAUCAUUGCCUGUUGAUGUAUUUGUCUUAAUUUGACACAAUAAUGGUUUUGACUAUAGUUUAUAAAACCCUAAUGUGUAAUAAAAAAUUGUUUCCCAGAUGUUUGAACUUGAUUUGUAUUUAUUCUUGUUUUACUUCUUGUAUCUUUUAUUACGCUGAUUUACUUAAAUGUAUGAUAUCUAUAAUGAGCUGUACAAUAAGCUGUCAUCAAUAUAUGAUGCUAUUAAAAAGAGAAUCAUCAGA